UGCUGAUAGACUGCAAUACAGACACAGGCUGAUCUCUCUGUGAAAACCACUUGGAGCUUUAACCAGCAGUGUUUGGUAGCAAGGCACUUUCCACUGCAUUUAUUAUUGACAAAAAUUGUCAAUUUUUGCUUUUUAUUUUUGAAAAUAUAAACAAGUCUUUGCUUUUUGACUUUUUGAUUGCUUGCCUUGGUUCGUUCUGUAUUCUUUGGACAAACAGGGAUUUCUAAAAAGAAACAAGCUUGUGGAUACUACAGCACAGGUAUCUUUGGAGAAUUCUGUAUACUCUGUCUUGUGUCAUACCUUUCCUGUCUUACCCAAUGGGACUGGAUCCAAACUCCUGUGGUCCCUACAAGGAUGAAAGCGGAACCAUGUUACCUGCCACCUAAGUCUGAGGCAACUGCUAUGGUUUUCAGAGAUGAUCCUGUACCAGGCAUGUACAGACUUGCAUUUCUGAUCAGAGUCUGCACUUACUGAGACUGCCACAAGGGUGGAAUUUACUCCCUCCAAUCAGCCAGCUUUUCGGGUACUUAGUACUGGAGAGUUACUAUGCAGUUUGGACUGUUUGCUGUGCUUGUCUUGAUCUUGAUGGAUAUUGCAGACAGCAACAAGUUUGUGAAGGGGAGGCGACACAGGAGAAGAAGUACAGAAGUGAGCAUGGUCUGCGCAAAGGGAUGCGAUUUGUGUUCAGAGUUUAACGGCUGUAUGAAGUGUUUACCCAAACUGUUCAUCCUUUUGGAAAGAAAUGAUAUCAGACAGACUGGCAUAUGCUUGCAAUCUUGCCCUCAAGGUUAUUUUGAUGAUCGCAAUCGGGAGAACAACAGGUGUCUGAAAUGUAAAAUUAAUAACUGUGAGACCUGCUUCAGCAAAAAUUUUUGUACAAAAUGUAAGGAAGGUUUCUACUCACACAAAGGAAGCUGUUACUCUUCAUGUCCGGAGGGUUUUUCUGCAGUCAAUGGCACAGCAGAAUGCAGCUCUGUACAAUGUGAAAUGAGUGAGUGGGGAGCCUGGAGCCCAUGCUCUAGAACUGGGCAGUGUGGAAGAAAGAAAGGCACAGAAGAAAGAAGUCGAAUAGUUGUAAAAGCACCUCUUGGGGACCUUGCUCUCUGUCCACCUACCACAGAGAGGAGGAAAUGCACAAUGCCCAAAAUCCCAUGUACAAAUCGUGAAAAGGUAAAGAAAAAAGAAAAAAAGGAAGAACAAGGAAAAAAGGAAAAAAACAAAAACAGAAAAAAGAACAAUGAGGAGGGUGGAAACAAGAAAAGGAAGAGCCAACAGAAAGUGACUUCAAUUCCCAGUACUCCUUCUCUUCCGGUGCAGUAGCUGCCAUUAUAAGGUGGCAACCAAGGCAAAAGAUUAUUGCUGCUAUGUAUCUAAAAAAGCUUUCUUGAACUGGAGCACCGCUAAAACUUAAGCACCUACACAAUUGGCGAAUACAAAACUACCAAGGUUAGCGGAUGAGUUUGACUGCUCAUGGUUUAAGUGUUUUUGCUGCAAGAUUUCCAGUGAGAAGGCACUUUAUGAACAAUGCACAGAAAUCUAAAUAUUUCAGUUGGAUAUGGACACCUUCUGUGGUGAUACAAUGAAUAUUUCAACUGACGUGGAACAUAUGGAGACUGCAGCCCGAAUCAAAAUUAGUUGAUGAACCAUGGGUUUCCGUAUCGCCUAGAAAUAGUCCCAGUGUCCCUAUACUCCUCUUAAGUCUGUGUUUUAAGCUGUAUGACUUAAUCUAUGGAGAAUAUAUGUUAAACCAUUGUGAAAUAAUGUUAAAAAGUAACCAAGGUAAAAUGUCAUCAAAAGUUUAUUUCAAUUUUAAAAAUAAUAAUAAUAAUAAUAAUAUUCUAACAGAGGUGUUAGAAGGAUAUGUAUGACUGAAUGCAGGCAGUGAAAUUUAACUAAAAUAUGUUUUAUUUUCGAA